CUUUGACAGCCCACCCGUCCGCUGCUGUUCGAACGCCUUGGUCCUCCCGGUAUCAUCGUUAGUCCGCCAUGCUCCACACCACGAUGUCCCCGAUGUAUACGAGACUCACUCUGAGUGCAACUGGUCUUGCAUUGGCCAAUCAUUUAUUCUUCAACCGUCACGAAGCAGACAAAAAGAGCUUAUAUCGCACAAUAGCUCUCUUGACUGCUGAACCUUUGAUCCUUUACGCAUUCAACUAUCCAUUCCUGUCCUCCCCUUCGGACAUACGGCUUAUCCUCUGGGCUUACAUCAACUUCUUCUCCGUUUUAUCGGCCUCAAUAGUCCUUUACCGGCUUUCACCAUUCCACCCGCUCGCCGAUGUGCCUGGACCAGCGCUCGCUAAGGUUUCGAAACUUUAUGGGGUUUGGAUUUGGUUGAAGGGGCAAAGACAUAUUCGAUACAAAGAGAUGCAUGAAGAAUACGGUCCUAUCAUUCGUAUCGCGCCCAACGAGAUAUCCGUCAUUGAUCUAGACGCCAUGAAAGCAGUGUUGGGACCGGGAGGAUGCAUCAAAGGCCAAGCAUACUCCACUCGAAGAGAUGAUCGGACGGAAGGAAGUUUGUUGGCUUUAACGGGAGAGGCGCGGGUCAAGCGUCGACGGGUUUGGGCGAGAGGGAUGAGCGCUGAUGCGAUUCGAGACUAUGAGCCUGUCGUCCGUCAACAGGCAAAUAGGCUUUUCGAACGCCUUUACGAGCGGACGUACAAGGUCGUGGAGCUCGGGGAGUGGCUCAACUAUUUCUCCUUUGACUUUAUUGUCGAAGUCGCCUUUGGGAGCGGGUCUUACAUGUUGAACGAGGGUGACAAGACCGAUUUGUGUGGGGCGAUGGACAAAUUUGCAUACGGAAUAGAAUUCCUUUCCCAUGUUCCCUGGUUACUGAAUUUAUUCCGCGAUCUGCCAAUACCGAAGCCUGCACUUCGGAUACGAAACCUCGGAUUGGAAUUAGCUACCAAACGAAUACAAGAUGGACCAAGAAGAAAAGAUUUAUGGUAUCACCUUACAGACGAGGAAGGACUGGAGAAAGUAAAGCCUUCAGGAGGCGCUGUCGCUAGCGAUGGUGUCUUAGCUGUCAUGGCAGGAGCGGAUACGACGUCAGCGGCACUGAGAAACUUUUUUUACCUGAUAGUUGCCAAUCCCAAGUGCUACAAGCGACUCCAGAGGGAAAUCGACUCGUUGUAUCCCCCUGAAGCGGAUGCAAUGGAUUCUUCCAAAUACAAUGAUCUUACCUAUCUGGAUGCUUGCAUAAACGAAUGUUUACGAAUGUUUCCACCUCUGCCAACCGGAGGUUUACGAGAAGUACCGAAGGGUAGCGGGGGGAAGCUUAUCGGAAGCUAUUUCAUUCCCGAAGGAACCCAAGUACACGUCCCCCAUCACGCCGUCCACAGAAACCCAGAAAACUACCGCCACCCAGACGAUUUCCUUCCUUCCCGUUGGCUAGAAACAGAAUCCUCACAAACGCCCAAUAUCAACGCUUUUCUUCCAUUCUCCUUCGGCCCUGAAAACUGUAUCGGAAAGCACCUUGCACGACGCGUCAUGACCAUGGUUAUCUGUCUGUUGAUGCAGAACCUGGAGUUCAGAUUCGCAGAUGAUUUUGACUGGGAGAGCUGGCCACGAAAGAUGAAGGACUAUUUUGUAUGUUCACGAGAGCCUUUACAUAUGUUUAUCACUCCGAGGAUGUGAUCUUUCUUUUGUGUUCCUUCUGACUUCUUGCUUGUAUUGAUAUACCUUGGAUAUACCAUUUUGUAUGUUAAGCGGG